AUGGGCACGAAAAAAGUACAAAUGCUCAUUUGCACUCUCUUGGUAUUACUCAGCGCUCGGACACACUCGAGAUUCAUUACCUCCACUUCCGCACCUUCGCUUUCUCGAACAAUCAGAGCCGAUGAGAAGUCGGAGAUUACGGAGUUAAUUCAACAGCCCGAAAUCUGCAAGGAGUUUGUGGAAUCCAAAGUGAGUCCCAGAGGCACAAAGGGCGUUUCCCCUGCUGAUAUUUUUUAUAACCUCACAAUCGGCAAGGAUUUCACCACCUCUGGUCGGAAACCUGCUAAAAGCUACGUCUUUCAAUCACCCAAUUUUCCUCGUGAAUAUCCUAUGAAUAUCGAUUGUUUUAAGUUAAUUAAAGCCCCAUCGGAAGAUCAUAGGAUAUUCCUACAAAUUCUCCGACCAUUUGCCGUUGAACCUGAUGCACAAUGUUUCCUGGACUUUCUUGAAGUACGCGACGGGGCAUUCGGAUUUUCUCCGCUUAUUGGUCGAUUUUGUUCACGACUCCCACCACCUGAUGAGGAGAUACGCUCGUCAGGUCGCUACCUCUGGCUUCGAUUUCGAAGUGACAGUACCCUGCGUCAUGCAGGUUUUCGUGCCACAUACCACUUUGAGAGAGUCGGUCGGUUGAGUGUGAUUCAAUUGAGUGAAGAUGAGCAAUGGACAAUGCGAAGUGGAUUUCUUACUCGUAGAUUGGAAUAUAUCAAUUAUGAGGAACGCCAACUACCUCUAGAAGCUGUCUUCGACAUUCGAUCACCUCCAGAAACAAAUGUAAGCCAAUAUUUGUGGAAGAAUGUUUCGUUCAUUGCUUCUGUCAAUUUUGUCUUAUUUGAACGCGGAAGUGAACCAGGAAAGAUUGACGUCAAUGACUUUUAG